CGUCGCGAGUCCGCGACGCGCCUUUGACAAGAGCGGCCGUGUCCGCGUACUAACAUUAAGGUUAGUCAACUAAACCAUGUCUGCGAGCUUCGUGGGGUCUACCAAGAGCUUCCCCUUCUCCUUCGACACGGAUGUUGAGGAGGAGGAGUCUGGGAGAACGACUCCUCAUUUAAAUAAACGUACAGGCAGCGAGAGCCCGACAGCUACAGUAGGGGCGGAGGCGCCCCGCGAGCUGCCCAAUGAACUGUCGGCGCCCUACGAGGUGCCGCAGUUCCCCAUCGAGCAGAUCGAGAAGAAACUUCUCAUACAGAGACAGCUCAAUGUCAAGGCUGCAGAAUGCGGUCAAUCAGUCCGUUCGUUCGGCGGCAGCGAGGCGGGAGGCCUGCUGGAGGAGCGCAGGGACGAGUUCGAGCACGAUAUGGUCAUGCCGCACUUCCAGCGCGUCGCCAUCAGCGGGGAGGACACCUCGGGGGUACCCUUGGAAGACUUGCAACAAGCCUCCUCCUACCUGGUGCAGGCACUAGAUAUCCGCAAGCGCUACAUGGAGAUGUCCCACCAGAGCUUCUGCACCAUCACCGCGCGGUUCCUGCGCAACAUGGACCCUGACGCGCCCGCCAACCACGCGCCCUACACCAAGGGUCCUAGUGGACAUAUAGCAGAUCACGUGGUCCACCCACCGUUCAGGGACAAAGACCCCUGGGAAUGCCACAUGCCCGAGCCCAAGGACUACACCAUACGCCCCGACCGCGGCGUAUUCAACCUGUACACUAAGGGUGCUGAUGGCCAGGAGACAAGAGUUCCGUACGAGUACAUACCCAUGUCGGAGUACAUUCAGGACAUGAAUACUAUGUGCAACAUGAUCGCGGAUGGACCGCUGAAGUCCUUCUGCUACCGGCGACUGUCCUACCUGUCGUCCAAGUUCCAGCUGCACGUGCUGCUCAAUGAGCUGCGGGAGCUAGCUUCUCAAAAGGCCGUGCCACAUCGCGACUUCUACAACAUCAGAAAAGUGGACACCCACAUCCACGCAGCUUCCUGCAUGAACCAAAAGCAUUUACUCCGCUUCAUCAAGAAGACCCUCAAGAACCACGCAGACGAGGUGGUGACACUGCACAAGGGCGUGCCCAUGACCCUCAAGGCCGUGUUCCAGUCCAUGAACCUUAGUACUUAUGACUUGACUGUGGAUAUGCUGGAUGUGCAUGCAGACCGCAACACGUUCCAUCGAUUCGACAAGUUUAAUGCUAAAUACAAUCCCAUCGGCGAGUCACGGCUGCGAGAAGUGUUCCUCAAGACAGAUAACCACAUGAACGGAAAAUACUUCGCUAGGAUUAUAAAGGAAGUAGCCUCAGACUUAGAGGAGAGUAAAUACCAAAAUGCGGAGCUACGUCUAUCCAUUUACGGCAAGAGCCCGGACGAGUGGGCCAAGCUGGCCAACUGGGCCAUCCAGUACGACGUGCACUCCAACAACGUGCGGUGGCUCAUCCAGAUUCCUAGGCUUUACGAUAUUUUCAAAUCGAACAAGAUCAUGAACAACUUCCAAGAGCUGCUCACUUAUAUUUUCCUGCCAUUAUUCGAAGUCACCAAGGAUCCCAAUAGUAACAUAGAGCUGCACAAAUUCUUAACGCACGUGGUCGGCUUCGACAGCGUGGACGACGAGUCCAAACCCGAGAACCCGAUCCUGGACCCCGAGGUCCGCGCGCCGGGCGACUGGGACGACGAGGAGAACCCGCCCUACGCCUACUACCUCUACUACAUGUACGCCAACAUCACCGUGCUCAACCACUUCCGCAAGGAGCAAGGGCUGAACACGUUCGUUCUCCGCCCGCAUUGUGGCGAGGCUGGUCCCGUGCAGCAUCUCGUCUGCGGGUUCAUGCUUGCUGAGAACAUCUCCCACGGACUGCUGCUGAGGAAGGUUCCAGUACUGCAAUACCUGUACUACCUGACCCAGAUCGCCAUAGCCAUGUCUCCGCUCAGCAACAACUCCCUGUUCUUGAAUUAUCACCGCAACCCGCUGCCGGAGUUCCUGGCCAGGGGACUCGCCAUCACGCUCAGCACUGAUGACCCGCUGCAGUUCCACUUCACCAAGGAACCGCUGAUGGAGGAGUACAGCAUCGCGGCGCAAGUGUGGAAACUGUCUUCCUGCGACAUGUGCGAGCUGGCGCGCAACUCCGUGCUCAUGUCCGGCUUCCCGCACGAGAUGAAGCAGUACUGGCUGGGGCCCAACUACAUGAAGGAAGGCGUGGCCGGCAACGACCUCACGCGCACCAACGUGCCUGACAUCCGCGUCUCCUUCCGCUACGAGGCGCUGCUGGACGAGCUCACCAACAUAUUCAAGGAAGGGAUGUCGACGCGCCAGAUGACCGCUGCGUCUCGCUCGCGGCGAACUGUCACUGAACCGGGCCCUGAAAACCACAUUGGCAAAUAAAUCCCGGCACUCUUUCUAUAGGGGGUUGCCACCUUUUAUUAGAUACAGCUUUUUCCAAAAUUGGGUGUAAGAAAUAUAGUACACCGAAGGAAAAUUUUUAUGAUCGGUACUUAUGGCUAUAUCGCAACCUCGAAUUCCCUUUUAUAAUAGAUUUUUUCAACUGUAAACCGAGCCAAAAUAUAGUAAUAUCUGGGUGGCAACCCUAUUCGAUACCCAAGGGUCAUACACGGGUUUAAGUUCCAAAUUCCUCACUUACAAAGGCACCUGAUGCCUAGCAGCUAAUAAAAUUAAUUCAAAAUUAUUGCUGCUACGCGUCUUGUAAUACAUACAUUGAGCGUUUUAGAUAAUAUAUUCACUUUAUGUUAGGCUAUAUACCUACUACUUCUAGAGUCUAUUUUUCGGCAGUAAAAGAGUUAUUUCGUUCGUUCGCCUGUGUAUGACCUCAAUAAAAACUAUAAAAAAAUAAUAAAAACGUUGUAAAGAGUUUGAUAUGACUCUUAAUUAUUAAGAUUAAAUCAUGUUUUAUUCUAUGUAGUUGUUAGGUAUUAAUUUUGUAGGUAUCUUUUGUUUACUGUUUGAAAAUUAUGAUAGGCAAUCUUUGCCCCAAAAAAAAGUGUAAUGUUAAUGUGAUAAAAAGUUUCCCAUGUGAUAACUAGAUGAAUAUACCUAAAUGAAAGUGCCAUUACAUUCCUUGUUGAAGUUUCACGUUUACUCUAUCGGUGGAUCAGUAGAAUAGGAAUUCUAGCACGAAUGUUGUGAAAAAUAUACGGACAAUUUUAUCUGUACUAUUAGGUUUACGCAUGGAAAUACCUAUCGAAAAAUUGGCAUAUCGCAAUUAAAUAACAUAGUUGCUUUUUUCUUUUAAUUUAUGCUUGUAGUGUGACCCAAUAUUUCGUGCAAGAAUUCUUGUGUCCUUUAUUAUCCUGAUUCAUCAUCCUUUUAUCUAAUUACCAAUUAGGUAGGUAGACGUAGACAAGCGUUUUAUCUAGAGGACUACUUAUUCCAAAUCUAUCUCUCUAUUAUUUUUUACUUACUUAUAAGAAGAAAAUGAUUAGGUUCUCCCAUAUUGAACUGCUCCUUUCCACAUUAAUCCCGUAUAAAAUAAAUAGAGAGUUUGUCUUACGAAAUCAAAUUGAAUAAUCCCUAAAUAUCUAUAAUUUAAAAUUUACGUUAAACGAAGGGUAGGCGAUGGUGUUUAAAGUCAAGAUCAAUUAUAUGUGUACGAAUAUCUUUAGUCACUUUCAUUUUCUACCAUGGACGAAUAAUAAUAACCACAUAGUGUCAUUAACACAUACAUUGUUACGGAAUACGGAUAUUGUACUUAGUGGUUUUACUAAUUAUUUAAUACUAAUAAUUGUUAACCUAUUAUUAAUUUCAUCUCAAGGUGCUCGCCUAACCGACCUCAUAUCAUAACUACAUUAUUAUGUAAACUUACUCACACCAGCUGAUCUCAUCCGACUUCUGAUGUUGUGGUCUGAUUCUGACUACUUCCUCCUUCUUUUUGAGUUGUUAAUAUUGCUAAAAUGAUUUGAUAUGUCUGGUAUUUUUAAACUAUUGAUCGUAUUUGGGGAUAACUUGAGGUUUAGCUGACAGUAAAAGCAGAAAUUCAAAUAUGUAAUUUCAAGUAAUAAUCACCUUGGAUUAAAUCAAGUUGUGUGAGGUAUAAUAGGUUAUUGUUUUUUUUUGUUGUUCACAUUAUGUACAAAACAACUCGGAAGAAAAUCUGAUCACAAUCGCAAUAUGGAUGUGCCUGAUUUUUUAGCUAAAAGUAAGUGUAUGAUAUUUACACCUAUUUUAUAGACGCACUAAGUAGUGACAGGAUCUAAAAACAAUCUCCAAAAAUUUUCAUUUGUUGUGGAGUAGUGUGACGAAUUUAUACAUGUGCAAUCUGCAAAUGUAUGAAUGCAUCACACUACUCCUUUUAAGAUGUCAAUACAACGAAUUUUCUCUCCAACUUUGUUAUUGUGAUCAAAUUGUGCACAGUCAAAGAAUUUCUUUUCCGACCCGUUUCGUACCUUGUUACAGUGACUAUCAAUAAAAUAUCGCUAGAGACCUCACACUAUUGUUACUGUGACAAGGUACAACAUGGGUAGGAAAUUAAAUUCUUUGACUACUUUCCGGUUGCUGCGGGGACUACAAUAAUGUAUUGAGCUUUAUUGGGUUGUGUUACAGUCGCUUAUUGUUUGUCUGUCCACGAUUGAAUAAAAACCAAGAAAAUAUACCUUUUGACGGGCAUUUAUAUCGUCAUCGAGUAUAUUUAAGUCCUUUAAACUUAAAAGAGCGAAAAAUGGACAAUUAGUUAUUCGUACUCAAAUGCCCUUUGAUACAAAAAAACAUUAGUGUUAUUAGUGAUGUUUUAAAUUUAUCUAGCUAUCAUAAAUAUGUUAUAAUUAUGUAACUGAAAUGAAAAAUUAGAUUUUUGACCUUAGAAGUCGCACUCGGCAAGUAAGACUAAAAGAAUAUAAAAAUAUAUAAGUAACGAUUGUUAUUCGUACUUAAUUUAUACCUAUUUUAAUUCAUAAAUAAAUGUAAGUAGACAUUUUGCAACCAAUUUAAUUUAGAUAAUAUAUCUAUACCUACAUACAUAUAUUAUACGAGUAAUAUAAAACCUCGGAACCAAAUGGAAUAUUAAUGUUGGAAAUAAAAAUGUAUCACAAAA